GGGAGAUUCUAGAAUCUAUUUUUGAAAAUAUGUCCAGACUCAAGAUUCUUGAUCUUUCUAAUACUGAUAUUGAGGUUUUACCUAAUUCCAUCUCUAACUUGGAGAAUCUCACUGCAUUGAGAUUAUCAUCAUGCUACAGCUUGAAAUACUUGCCUUCCUUGGCAAAGCCUAAGGCAUUGAAGAAGUUGGAUCUACAUCAGACAGGGAUUGAAGUGGCUCCUCAAGGCGUGGAGAUGUUGAUAUGUCUUGAAUAUCUUGAUUUAUAUUGUCCAUUAGAUGAGCUUCUAGUGGGAAUAUUAUCUAACCUUUCUUGUCUGCAGUCCUUGGUGGUAGAUUGGCUACUAAAGAUAAAAGGAGAAGAGGUUGCAAAUUUGAGGAAACUGGAGACUUUGAGAGGGCAUUUCUAUUUAUAAGACUUUAGUAAUUAUGUCAAGUCUGGACAGUUUCAAAAUCUUUUUAAUUAUCUUCUUGUGCUGGGAGAAUCAGAGGAAGUUUCAGAUGAGCCCAUAACUAAAUCUGAUAGGUGUGUUGUUUUAAGUGAAUGUGAGACAAGAGGAGAAGAUAGUGUGGUGCUUCCAGGUGACAUUCAAGAAUUGCAGAUGAGGCAGUGUAUUAACAUGAGAAGCUUAAGUGAUGUAGCUUUGGUGCUUCAAAAUGCCACUGAGUUGAGCUACUGUUCUAUUUGGAACUGUGAAGAGAUAGAGUGUGUGAUUGACCUGGUGUCAUUGUCCUCACUGUGCAGCCAUGUGCUUAAGCUUCAAAUGCUAGUCCUUGGAAGACUGCCUAAAUUGUGUGAACUUGUGAGUGUGGAAGGAACACCAAUGCCGUUGCGCAUCUUUUCCAGUCUUAAAUAUUUUCACAUAACAAGAUGUUCGGGAAUUCGAAAGUUGUUUCCAGUUGAGCUGCUGCAAGGCUUCCAAAUUUGGAGGUAAUUGAAGUCAGUAGUUGCAAACAAAUGGAGGAAAUAAUAGCUUCGGAUGAAGAGCAAGUAAUGGCAUCAAAUGCCUGUGUUAAAUUCCCUUUUCCGAAUUCAAGGGAAAUGGAAUUGUCAGACUUACCCUAUUUGAAGAGCAUCUGCAGUGCUAGAGGAGUAAUGGUUUGUGAUUCUCUGAAGUAUGUGUCAUAAUACUUGACUGUCCCAAGUUAAAGAGAAUCUCUCUACACCUGCCCCUCAUCGACAAUAGAGAACCUUCUCCUUCCCCUUCUCUUGAAAGAAUCUGGAUAGACUCAAAAGAAUGGUGGGAAUCGCUGGAGUGGGACAAUCCUAACAUCAAAAACGUCCUUCAACCUUCCUUUGGCUAAUUGGUGGUAACCUGGGUUUUGUGUUUUCUCGACUUAAUUCAAAGUUGAGUAACAUCCGUCACCUUUGAAGGUCGAACUUUAGUCGGCUAAAGUGCUGAUACCCAUGUUAACUGCAACGAAAAAAAACAAUGGAAUUCAAAGAGUUAGCUGUUUUCUUAUCAACUACUGGCUGCUACUCCUUUUUCUGUUUUCAUUACUUUCUUGUAUAUUGUGACUUUUGUUCAAUGUUGUAAUUUGUUCUACGCUGUAUGAUGUGAAACACAUCAAGAUUUAUUCAACCCACUACCUCUAUGUGAGUUUUUUUUUUUCUACAUAAUGUAACUUUGUUAUUGAACUUAAAAGACUGCUAAAUGCCUCAAAUGACAUUGUGCCUGGUUG